AUGUGUAUUAAGCGUUGGUCUGCACGCAUUCAUGAUUUAAGAAUCCAAGAAUCAUUUUUGGAACAACAAAAACAAACUAAAAAUGGAUCAAGAUGACUGCUAUUAUGAAGAUAUUCUGGAUGGUAUAAGUGACGCCGAAUCAUUUUAUUCAAGUGAUGACGAUAACGACAACAUUGGCAAUGAUGAUAAUGAUAAUCGACAAAAACAACGAAUCGUUCAAUUGAAAGAGCACUUAACCAAAGAAACAUACGACAUAUUGAUUGGUAACAAUGUUAAUGAUGAUGUUGUUGUUGAUAGUAAUGAACAAUUUGAAAAUGAAAUGUAUAAUGAAGCUCGUAAUCACGUAAAUGGAGUUCACGUAGUCGACAGCAAUAAUAUUAUCGGCGUUAUUCCAUCAACAUCGUUAUGCUUCAACAAAUUCUCGGAGCAAUCAUCGACAUACAAUCAUGGCCAACAACAAACGUCCAUUAUCCCUAAGGAUUCGUUUAUAAGUAAUAAUCCCAGUAGCAGCAAUCAUAAUAAUAAAUUAGAAAAUCAAAUCAAUGCCGAUGAAAAAGAGAAAAUAUUAGAUGAACUAUUUUAUGAUCCCGAUGAAGAUGAUUCAAAUCAACAAUGGAUUGAUAAGAAAAAAUUUCAAUAUGAAUCAAGGAUAACAUCAUUAGAAUCAGAUUCAAAUGUUGAUCAAGAUGAUAAACAACGUAUAAACAAAUUACAAUCAGAUAGACGGCUAAAAAAACCACGUAGUGAUGCAACAUUAAAUUGUCCAUGUUGUUUGUCAUUACUUUGUCUUGAUUGUCAACGACAUGAAAUCUAUAAAACACAAUAUCGUGCAAUGUUUGUACUGAAUUGUCGUAUUGAUUUUGAAAGAAAAUUAUUCUUCAAAAAUAAAGAUGAGUUACGAAAAAAAUUUCAGAAACGAAAAAAACGACUACAACAGGAAAAUAAAAUGGACGAACAAUCAUCAUCCUUAACAGGCGAUCAAUAUUAUCCUGUCCAUUGCAAUAUUUGCAAUACACAAGUUGCCGUUUAUGAUCUCGAUGAAGUGUAUCAUUUUUUUACAGUAAUUGCUAGCCAUUAAAACAGCGAGAGUUUUGAAGUUUUUUUUUCUUGAAAAACCACCAUUGAAUUUUUCUAUGAAAAUCAACAUGAUUUAGAUUCUAGAACAAUAAUAAAAACACACACAAACUUUUAAUCCCGUCUUAUUAAAUGAAUAAAAUCAAUGUUGGUUUCUGUU